AUGGCACUAAUGGUGAAAGCUGAAGGUGGAAAUGGAGGGAAGCGAUGGGAUGAUGGAUUCGAUUAUGAGGGUGUAACAAAGAUAUAUGUACGAGGAGGUCUUGAAGGCAUUCAGUUCAUCAAGUUUGACUAUGUCAAAGAUGGUAAAACUAUUACUGGACCAAUUCAUGGUGUCUCUGGUCGUGGUUUGACACAAACGUUUGAGAUUAACCAUUUGCAAAAGGAAUAUCUGUUAUCUAUUGAGGGUUACUAUGACAUAUCUACCGGUGUGAUUCAAUCAAUCCAAUUCAAAACUAACCAGCAAACUUCUGAUAUGAUGGGGUUCAACGAGGGUACUAAGUUUUCACUAAGAUCCAUGAGGGGUAGAAUCAUUGGGUUUCAUGGAUUUGCUGACAAGAAUCUCUACUCUCUUAGAGCAUAUUACAUUAGGAUCCCCGCAACCAAAUCUGCAAUGGAUGGUGGUCAAAACACAGGAAGAGGUUAUGAUCAUGGUGGUGACUAUGAUGGUGUCAGAAAAGUGUAUGUUACUUUUGAUGGCACUUCAAUAAGGAAUAUGAGGGUCGACUAUGACAAAGUUGGUCAAGUGGAAUGCUAUGAGUAUGGGGUCAAGAUCGGAACACAAAAUCAGUUUACCAUCAAUUAUCCAUAUGAAUGUAUCACAUCCGUAGGAGGAAGCUACGCGGAUACCCAACCUUACAGAUGUAUUGUCCUUAGGUCGUUAACAUUCAAAACAUCAAAUGGGAGAACGUCAGUAUUUGGAAAAGAAACGGGUACCACGUUCUUGCUUGAGAGCCAAGGCAAUGCUAUUGUUGGGUUCCAUGGACGGGUAGGGUCUUGUGUUGAUAGUAUCGGGGAAUAUUAUGCUCCAUUUUCUCCUUACCCUCCCCCUACUGAGAAACUAGAGGGACAAGGUGGAGAUGGAGGAGACUCUUGGGACGAUGGUGCUUUCCUAAAUGUGAAGAAGGUUUGUAUAGGACAAGGCCAGUUUGGUAUUGUCUCCGUUAAGUUUGAGUACGAGAACGACGCUAGUGAGGUGGUUGUGGGAGAUGAACAUGGAAAGGCUACAUUACUUGGAUAUGAAGAGUUCGAACUGGAUUAUCCGAGUGAAUACAUAACAUCGGUGGAGGCUUGCCAAGAUAAGGUUAUGGGAGCUGAAACUGGAGUAUUAACGAUGCUUAGGUUCAAGACAAACAUUCGCAUCUCUCCAUCCUUUGGACUUAAAGCUGGUUUCAACUUCGUCCUAGAGAAGGAAGGUCACAAGAUCAAUGGGUUCCAUGGAAAAUCUAGUAGCAUGCUUCAUCAGAUUGGGAUCCAUGUCAUUCCCAUCACUGAGUGA